AUGGGGGACAAGGAUGACCGAUCCCCCAAGAAGAAGAAGGGGGGGACCAGGGACAUGGAGGACCUGAAGAAGGAAGUGCCCAUUACAGAACAUAAGAUGUCCAUUGAGGAAGUGUCCAGGAAAUUACAAACUGACAUUGUCCAGGGAUUGACCAAUGCUAAGGCAGCAGAGUUUUUGAUCCGGGAUGGUCCCAAUGCUCUCACCCCUCCACCCACCACCCCAGAGUGGGUCAAGUUCUGUCGCCAGCUGUUUGGUGGAUUUUCCGUCCUGCUGUGGCUUGGUGCCAUUCUUUGCUUUCUGGCCUAUGCCAUCCAAGCAGCCACUGAGGACGACCCUGCAGGCGACAAUCUGUACCUCGGUAUCGUGCUCACUGCUGUCGUCGUCAUCACCGGCUGCUUCUCGUACUUCCAGGAGGCCAAGAGCUCCAAAAUCAUGGAGUCUUUUAAGAACAUGGUGCCUCAGCAAGCACUGGUGAUCCGUGAGGGCGAGAAAGUGCAGAUAAACGCUGAAGAAGUGGUGGCCGGAGAUUUGAUUGAAGUGAAGGGAGGAGACCGGAUCCCUGCUGACAUCAGGGUGGUUUCAGCUCAUGGCUGCAAGGUGGAUAACUCCUCUUUGACAGGAGAAUCAGAACCUCAGAGCAGGUCACCCGACUGUACCCAUGACAACCCCUUGGAGACCCGAAAUGUUGCUUUCUUCUCCACCAACUGUGUUGAAGGCACAGCUCGUGGAAUUGUCAUCUAUACUGGAGACCGCACAGUUAUGGGUCGCAUUGCCACUCUGGCUUCCGGCCUGGACACUGGCAAAACACCCAUUGCAAAGGAGAUCGAGCAUUUCAUCCACAUCAUCACAGGUGUGGCUGUCUUUCUGGGAGUCACAUUUUUCAUCUUGGCCAUCAUCCUGGGUUACACCUGGCUGGAGGCUGUCAUCUUCCUUAUUGGCAUCAUUGUUGCUAACGUGCCCGAGGGUCUGCUGGCCACGGUCACUGUAUGUCUGACUCUGACUGCCAAGCGUAUGGCUAAGAAGAACUGCCUGGUAAAGAACUUGGAAGCUGUGGAAACCCUGGGCUCCACCUCCACCAUCUGCUCUGACAAAACAGGCACCCUGACCCAGAACAGGAUGACUGUGGCCCAUAUGUGGUUUGACAACCAGAUCCAUGAAGCUGACACCACCGAGGACCAGUCAGGUGCCUCUUUCGACAAGAGCUCAUUGACAUGGCAGGGUCUAUCGCGCAUUGCUGCUUUGUGCAACCGUGCGCAGUUCAAAGCGGGACAAGACGCCAUAACCAUCUUGAAACGAGACGUUGCCGGUGACGCCUCAGAGUCAGCUCUGCUCAAAUGUAUCGAGCUGUGCUGUGGCUCAGUACGGGCGAUGAGGGACAGGAACAAGAAAGUGGCUGAGAUCCCCUUCAACUCCACCAACAAAUACCAGUUAUCAGUGCAUGAGACAGAGGAUCCCAAUGACAACCGUUACCUGCUGGUCAUGAAGGGGGCCCCUGAGAGGAUCCUGGACCGUUGUUCAACCAUUUUGCUGCAGGGCAAAGAGCAACCUAUGGAUGAGGAGAUGAAGGAGGCCUUCAACAGUGCUUACAUGGAGCUGGGAGGUCUUGGAGAGAGAGUGCUGGGUUUCUGCCACUUGCUCCUGCCAGAAGACCAGUAUCCCAAAGGCUUUGCCUUUGACACAGAAGACGUUAACUUUCAGACAGACAACCUUUGUUUUGUGGGCCUCAUAUCCAUGAUUGACCCUCCUCGAGCUGCUGUCCCUGAUGCUGUUGGGAAAUGCCGAUCUGCUGGUAUCAAGGUCAUUAUGGUGACUGGUGAUCAUCCAAUCACAGCCAAGGCCAUUGCAAAGGGAGUGGGUAUCAUCUCUGAGGGCAACGAGACAGUGGAGGACAUUGCUGCUCGUCUUAACAUUCCUGUCAGCCAGGUCAACCCAAGGGAUGCCAAAGCCUGUGUGAUUCAUGGCACAGACCUGAAGGAUCUAUCUCAAGAUCAGAUCGAUGACAUCCUGAGGAAUCAUACAGAGAUUGUAUUUGCCAGGACAUCCCCACAGCAGAAACUCAUCAUUGUGGAGGGAUGCCAGCGACUGGGUGCCAUUGUCGCUGUGACAGGUGAUGGUGUGAAUGACUCCCCUGCACUGAAAAAGGCUGACAUCGGUGUUGCCAUGGGAAUCUCAGGCUCCGAUGUGUCCAAACAGGCUGCAGACAUGAUCUUAUUGGAUGACAACUUUGCUUCUAUUGUCACUGGAGUGGAAGAAGGUCGCUUGAUCUUUGAUAACCUUAAGAAAUCCAUCGCCUACACCUUGACUAGCAACAUCCCAGAGAUCACCCCCUUCCUGUUCUUCAUCAUUGUCAAUAUCCCUCUGCCUCUGGGUACAAUCACCAUCCUCUGUAUUGACUUGGGAACUGACAUGGUUCCAGCCAUCUCUCUGGCUUAUGAAGCAGCUGAGAGCGAUAUCAUGAAGCGUCAACCCAGGAACCCAUUCAGGGACAAGCUGGUGAAUGAGAGGCUCAUCAGCAUUGCUUAUGGACAAAUUGGUAUGAUCCAGGCUCUGGGAGGCUUCUUCGCUUAUUUUGUCAUCUUGGCUGAAAAUGGAUUCCUGCCAAGUCAUCUAGUGGGCAUUAGGCUCAACUGGGAUGAUCGUUCUCUCAAUGACCUGGAGGACAGCUAUGGGCAGCAAUGGACAUAUGAACAGAGGAAGAUUGUGGAGUUUACAUGUCACACAGCCUUCUUUGUCAGUAUUGUAGUAGUGCAGUGGGCUGAUGUCAUCAUCUGCAAGACCAGGCGCAACUCUGUGUUCCAGCAGGGCAUGAAGAACAAGAUCUUGAUCUUUGGCUUGUUUGAGGAGACAGCCCUGGCUGCUUUCCUGUCCUACUGCCCGGGCAUGGACGUGGCACUCAGGAUGUAUCCACUAAAGCCUACCUGGUGGUUUUGCGCAUUCCCCUAUAGUUUUCUCAUCUUUGUUUAUGAUGAAAUACGAAAACUUCUCAUCCGCCGGAACCCUGGGGGUUGGGUGGAAAGGGAGACCUACUAUUGAUCAAUGGAGCACCUUUGCUCAAGUUCCUUACAUCUUCCACUCAUUUCUCCCCCGUCACUCCAUCCUUGGCAAGACACAUCUCCAAAUGCCCCUCCCCUCCCCUUUAAAGACAAAAACCGCUUUGAAGCAAUUUUCAUCACAACUGCCCCAAAGAUUAAAAACAGCAAAAGCACCUUUACAACUUUGUACACUGAACUGCCCCUUCUCCCCCCAUCUCCUAUGAUACUCUUUGCAUGUGUUCUCUCACUGCUGUGUACUUAAACCAAUAUAUCUACGAAACGGCAGCUGCAUAUUGUGUAUGUAGAUUCGAAUGAGCUAAAGAUACAAAGGGGAGUGUCUAUGCUCGGCAAAAAAGGGCCAUCCAGCUUCUUUUCCUCCCUGCCCUCUCCCUGGUGUCUUUCUGUGUACCUCUGUUUCCCUCUCCUUUCCCUCCCCACCAACCCUUUGCUUGUCCUCAAAUCACACACAGAUAUAAGGUCACACAGUGUGAUCCCACCGCCGACACCACUUCGACUGCCACCUCUCGCCUGUCUCCUGUUUGCGGAGGACCAGCAGAGUGGUCAUCUCUCUGACGUUCUCACUGCGUCCAUUUUCCUUCUCUUCUGUUCUCGACAGCCACAGUGUUGUUGUUUUUUAAUAUGUGGGGUGGGGUGGGAAAGCGGUUUUUUCGAUGACUUUAUUUUUCUUUUUUAUUUCUGAUCUGGGAGAGAAGGUGUGUGAGAGCUGCUUUCCGUCAUUUAGGCUUAACAAAGCACACCCCAUGGCAUCCUCUUCCCCCUCCCUGCCCCAUCUCUCACACUCCUCCUCUCCCUUCCCUCCUACCCCGUCCGUCUCCGUUUGUGUGCACAGUGUGAACCAUUGUCCUUGUUAAUAACUAUUACAGUACAUCCCCUACCCCAAAGUUGGUAAAGACCACUCAAACUUUCUGUGUGCUCUAGGAAAUCUAUAUAAUUCUAUACUGAGUUUAAAUGAAACAAUAAAAAACAUGCUGAAAAACAAUGCAAGAGAGACAUUCAUGAAGACCAUUAACAAUAUUGGUGAGAUCAAAAAAGUGAGGAUAUCUGUCUCUCUUUUUGUAUUUAAUUUGGUUUCAGUUAUUUUUGCUGGUUUCUCAGGAGGCUACUCUAUAGUGUAACAGCAAAGCAGGGUGUCAGGUUGUGUUUUUACCAAAAGGCUUCAGGUUCCUGUCACUACAUGUGUGCAGGUAUGAUGUGGUGAAGUGUGCUGUGAUGUGGUGACAAUUGAGUCCGUGUGCCUGAGGUCUAUUACCCGAUCGGAUUCAUGUCCGGUCCUGAUAUUGAUCAGUCCGACCCAGGUCGGUGUGCUUGUAUGUUUUGGAAACCAGUGAAGGGCCAACAGUCUCAGCUUGGUCCAUCUCAAAUGGCUGAAAGGGUUGAGAUUGAAGAAAAAUACACAACUAGAGGAAAAUGUGUGUGUCAAAUAAAUGAAACCAACACCAAUAAAACAUCUAGAACAUUUAAUACAACCCAGA